CCGCAGUGCGCAGGCGCGGGCCGGCCAUCAAAGCGCUCGGAGGCGGAAGUGACCGGCUAAUUGAGAGCUGACCCCGAGCCGGUAAUCAAACCAACACCGAGCCGGUAACCAUGGCCAGACCCCGAGCGGCGGUAGCAGCAACAGCGGCAGCGGCAACCCGUGAGAAACCAGAGCAAAACAACCAUGGAAAAGCUCACCCAGAAGGAGGCUCCACCCGCACAUCCCUGCUCAUAUUGGUGUCCAUUUUCCUGUCUGCGGCAUUUGUCAUGUUCCUGGUUUACAAAAACUUUCCACAGCUUAAUGAGGAAGAGCUGGAGAUGAUCAAAGUCCCUCGGGAUAUGGACGAUGCCAAAGCUCUGGGAAAAGUCCUCUCCAAAUAUAAGGACACAUUUUACGUGGAAGUCUUAUUGGCUUAUUUUGUUACCUAUAUCUUCUUGCAAACCUUUGCCAUCCCCGGUUCCAUAUUUCUAAGCAUCCUGUCUGGGUUUCUCUACCCCUUCCCCUUGGCUCUGUUUCUCGUGUGCCUGUGUUCUGGGCUCGGGGCAUCGUUUUGCUAUUUGCUUUCCUAUCUCGUUGGACGGCCAAUUGUCUACAGAUACCUGAGUGAGAAGGCAGUGAAAUGGUCCCAGCAGGUUGAUCGACAUCGAGCACAUCUGAUUAAUUAUAUGAUAUUCCUGCGAAUAACACCAUUUCUUCCGAACUGGUUCAUAAACAUCACGUCUCCCAUCAUUAACGUCCCUCUCAAAGUUUUCUUCUGGGGAACGUUUUUAGGUGUGGCUCCUCCUUCUUUUGUGGCUAUAAAAGCAGGGACCACAUUGUACCAACUAACCACAGCAGGCGAGGCUGUGUCUUGGAAUUCGGUAAUCAUUCUCAUGGUCCUGGCUUUGCUCUCUAUCCUGCCCGCCAUCUUCCAGAACAAACUAAAGAAGAAGUUUGAAUGAAUCCACGGCUUUCCGAAAUAUCUUUCUAGGACAUUGUGCACAACUUCACACCCUCUGAUGUCUGACAUCUCGACAACAAUGCAACUUUUAUACUAAAGACUAGCUUCUUCAGCCUAAUAUAAGAUUAAAAUAUAUUUUAUUUUCAACAGUGUUCUAUAGUUUUACCAGCCAAACGAUUUCUUUUUGUGUUUUUUUACGUACGGUUUUAGCUUCCCGGAAACUGUGAACAGCAUGUGGGUUGUAUACUCAAACAUGACCGUUCGGUAAAAACUGUCAAUGCACACUUGAGAAGCUUCUCGGUCAAUCUAUAUAUAAAGUUUAACUUCUUUGUGUAAAUUGUGCCUCACUUCAGAGACUGAUGGCAAAUCCAGGGCCAAGCGAGCCUUGGUUAUUUCUUAAUUCUUGGCUGCUAAUGAUAUUUAUAUCUAUAGUGUGUGACAAUAGGAACUAAAGUGGAAUAUUUAAUCCAUGAAUCAGUAAUGCACUGAAUCUGUGCCUCUGUGUAUAGCACUAUAUACAUUACAGCACUGUACAUAAUACAGGAAAACUGAACUUUGUAAAAACCUGUGUAAUAAGUAGUGAAAUAUUGAAUGCUUUAUAGUGAUUCUAAGAAUAACAUUACGGCAAAAUCUGGUUUAAUGUACAUUGAUUCACUGAGGUCUGUCACUAAACAGUGAACUCGGUUGGAACGUUUUUACAAGACUUUGAUCUUAAUUUUUCAACCGCUUUGCAAGCUCACAACCAACCGUUUACUGAAGAAGUCUCAAAGAGAAUGGAAUUUAGGCCAGUAAGUCUAAUGACUGAGAGCGCAUCCGGUUUAAUAUUGCACAUCCGAACGAAAACAUCAGUGACAUGAAAUGUAAAGCUAUUGAGCUAUUCUAGAUUUUAACUGGUUAUUCCUCACAUGGAGUUUGUCUUAAUUCAUUUAUUGAUAUAAAUCUAUUCUGUCGGACCUGUAUUUAUGCAAAAGUUAAUAUUUUAAUUUAUAAUUUAUUUGUGGUAUAUGUUAAAAACCUUGAUUCAAAUUGUUCAUACGGUGACCAGUUUAUUUACUAAUUCUUGAUAACAGUGUUCCUGCGCAGAAACUCAUCUUGCGCACUUACUAAAUUCCUGUCUUUUCACCAUAUGACUGCAAUAUGUUUUGCAGACCUAAUUUCUUAUAUGUGCAUUAAUCAUUUGUACUUCUUUUUUUUUUUUUUAUUAAUCCAGAGUUAUAGUCCACCUGUUC